AUGGAGAUCUUAUUAGAGAAGAGCGCGUACCAGUCGGUGGAUGCAGGUAUGUCGGCUAAAUUUACUCGUUUAACCUUUGUGGCGCGACCGAAUGGGUUUUGUAUUAGAGCGAGUGAUGCGGCACGGAGUGUGCUGGUUGAGCAUUAUAUUGACCGGAUGUUUACGCGGCAGUACACGCCAGGACGGCCGUUUAGUAUUCCUUAUCUUAGAGUUGGUUUGCCGGGGACUGAUCGGGUGCAUUUGCGCGUGCAGGGCAGUGUUUUGGUUGCUCAGUGGUCGGGGAAGGGUUUAUUGCUUGAACGGCACAUUUACUUGUUGGAGAAUGAAGCUCCGAGUAUGGACGAGAGUUUAGCCCCGCCGAGUUUAUUUACGAUUGGACUGAGUGUCUUUCAGCGGCUGAUUAAAAUGACCGAUAGUGACUUGGAAGUGAAUGUGGGGAAGGAAGAGGUGGUUUUGCAAGGCGUAUCAAGCACGGGUUUAAGUAUUGUCGGGAAGGUGCCUAGUACGUCCCGAGUGGCUGGGACGUUCAUUUUGCCUAAAGUUCAUUUGGAAAAGGUGCCUAAAUACUUGGGGUACAUUUCAGUGAGUAUGGGUGCGGAUGAAAGAGGAGUAGUGGUUAUGUCUUUGGAGAUGGUUGGAGUAGUUACGACUAUAACUGUGGCCUGUGCGGUGGUUUUUUUUAAUGCCAGUUGA